ACGAAGAUGGACACUUCAGAGAAAGCAGACAAACCUAGCGUACAAGAGGUUCAGACUGCAGGGUCUGAAGGAGAAGAGCAGGAUGAGAAGCCAGAGGUGGUUGAGAUUCCUGUGGACAUGUACUAUGACUAUGAGAAGCUCUACUCGAGACCUGUCACCACCGCAGACUCUGACAUCCCAGAGAACUUGCUGCACCUGUCUCACUCGUUUGGUUAUGACUGUGAGCGCAGAGCUAAUCUGCAGGUGCUGGAUGAGCACACGCUGACCUUUGUGGCAGGGAACCUGCUUGUCCUCCUGGACAUGAGGACCAAACAGCAGCGCUACCUGCGCUCAUGUGGAGGGGGAGGCAUUGGCGCUAUCAUGUGUCAUCCCAGUAAGGGAUAUGUAGCCGUAGCAGAGAAGGCCCAUGAGCCGGAUAUCAUUAUUUAUGAGUAUCCUUCACUGAGGCCCUACCGCAUCCUCAGAGGGGGCACAGAGCAGGCCUACAGCUGUGUGGACUUCAACCGCGAUGGCGCCCUGCUGGCUAGCGUGGGUAGUGCAACCGACUACAUGCUCACGCUGUGGAACUGGAGGCAGGAGCAGGUGAUCUUGAGAUGCAAAGCCUUCUCGCAGGACGUCUACCGGGUCACCUUCUCCACCGAUAACCCCGGCCAGCUCACCACGUCCGGAUCGGGACACAUCAAGUUCUGGAAGAUGGCCAACACCUUCACAGGCCUGAAACUGCAAGGCGAGCUGGGGAGAUAUGGGAGAACUGCCCUCACUGAUAUUGAGGGUUAUGUGGAGCUGCCAGACGGCAAGGUCCUGUCAGGUUCCGAAUGGGGCAACAUGCUGCUGUGGGAUGGCGGGCUGAUAAAGGUGGAGAUUUGCCGGAAGGGCGGCAGGACGUGCCACAUCGGCACUAUCCAGCACUUCUCCCUGGAUGAGGGCGAGCUCCUGACCAUCGGCAUCGACGGAGCUGUCAGGAGUUGGGACUUUGAGAGCAUCGACCAGGCGGACUGCACGGACGACAGCGGCCAGGUGGAACUGGAUCCCAUGAACGAGAUGGUGAUUGGACGCAACGUCAGCCUGGUGUCCAUGGUGAAGAGCACCUGUCCAGACACCCCCAUCUGGUUUGCCCAGGAUUCAGAUGGUGCCAUUUGGAAGCUUGAUCUGUCCUUCUCCAAUAUGACCCAUGACCCAGAGUGUCUCUUCUCCUUUCACGCCGGUUUGAUCACGGCCAUGGAUGUGUCUGGCAACAGUCACCUCAUGGCUACCACAGCCAUGGACCGCUGUCUCAAAAUUUUUGACUUCCUGGCCAACAGAGAAAUUUUCACCACUCGCUACAAGCAAGCAGGAACCACCCUCACCUGGGCACCUUGCACAGUUCACAGAAGUAACGGCCUGCUGGCGGUGGGUUUCAAGGAUGGUGUUGUGCGUCUUCUGGAGAUUUUUAACCCCAGGAGUCUGUACUCGGUGGCCGGGGUCGGCCCCAAUGCUGAGGCAGAGCUCUUUCUCAGACAGGCCCUCAAACCCCACGAUGCACCUGUGACAGCCAUCGCUUACGAACGCAACGGAGAGAUCAUGGCCACAGGGAGUGCGGACUGCACUGUGUUUUUUUUCACUGUGGGAGAGAUGUAUGAGCCCAUAGGCUUUGUGAAUGUCCCAGGGCCCGUGCUGAGGCUGGAGUGGUCUCCUCACUCUCACGAGAAAAGCACUCUGCUGAUUCUGUGCAAUAACGGGCACGCGGCGGAGGUGGACGCCCCAGACCAAGACACAGAAGGCGUUAGGAGCACAUACCUGCUGCAGGAUCUUAAAGUCCGACACUUCUGUUUUAGAAGCAUCAAAUCCAGCAUCCAGAGGGAUGCCGAGGUGGCCCGGCGCCAGGCGCUGAAGCAGCAGCGUGUGAAGGAGCGGGACGCGCGCGUGAAGGCGGCCCAGGAGCAGGGACGGCAGCCCACCGAGGAGGAGCAGCGGCUGGAGGGCGAGGAAGACGAGGGCGAAGAGGAGGAGCUGCCACCCAUCCACAUCCCUUCACCACCCAGCCCACUGCUCUGUGGCUUCUACUCACAGCCUGGCCGCUUCUGGCUCUCAAUGGGAGGGUAUGACUCUGGCUAUCUGUACCACUGUGAGUUCUCUCAGGACCAGAGUGAGAGCCCAGAGAACAGGAUGGACAAGCCGUUUGCCUUCAUCCCCUUGCAGGACGCUGAUGAGGACCCCCUCUGCACAGUGGCCUUUAACUCCAGUCGUCAGCUGAUGCUGUGUGGCAUGCAUUCAGGCCGUAUCCGCGCGUACCCCCUAGAGUCCGGUGACCACCACCUCGCCUCCAUGCAGGCCUUCUGGUCCCUCAGCGUUCACGACAACCAGUACGGGCACGUGCAGCAAGUGCGCUGUAGCUACGACGACCAGUUCGUCCUGACCACGGGCCAGGACGGCAACAUCUUCUCCUUUAGCCUGCUGCCUCACGAGGAGUUGCAGAAAGCUUUGCAGAGCAACAAGGCCAAAGUGCCCUCUCCAAGGAUUGGCCUAGAAACGAGUAAGGCUGCCCAGGACAUAGAUGACCCCACAGCCUACAGCAUAGAGACAGCUAAGCAGAAGGUGGUGAUGGAACGCUUGCGUCGUGAGGCGGAGCAGCGUAAGACCGAGAGGCGCAAGAAGCUGGCUGAGCUGCAGCAGAGCUUCGAACAACUGUUGAAGCAGAACGACAACCUGCCAGCACACGUCAGGCUGCACAGAGCGGUUCUGGGACUCUCUGGUGUCAGAGACGGUGACGGUGGUGGCGUUACGUAGUGAGCACCGUAUCUCCACCUACCGGCUGUUGGCUCUGUCCGACCACUUCUACCUGCUGAAGCAGCGUACCCGGACCGGGAGAAGACCUGGCAUGACGGAGCGCCGUCGUAGCAUGGCCGACCCCAGCAAGGGACCCGUCACUGACCCAGACGAGCUGGGAGCGGCUGGCUCCGGAGUGCUUCAGUCCCGCAUGAAGCCCAGUGUGAGCAAGCUGAUUGGCCGACAGGCAGAGAAACUCCGCAAGGUGGCCGAGAAGGCAGAGAAGGCCCGAGCCAAGAUACAGAAGAGAAAGAAGGAGUGGGACGAACUCUACGCAUCCAAGCCCAGUGAAGACUGUGAGGACCCAGCGGAUGUCUUGGCCAUCCGCAGUGCCACUGAGAACAUGGGCGACUUCAAGCUCAAGACGGCCAAAGACUUCAGCGUCCCUGAACACCUGCGCAUGAACGCCGAAAAGAAGAGAGCCCAGCUCGUCACUCUGGAGGAGAGGAUCUACAACCAAAAGAUGGAGAUGAACACCCGAGUGAUGGAUCUCCGCGACAGCAAGGUGGCGCUGCUCGCCUCCCUGCGCUCACUGCUCCACCGUCUGCAGGAGGUCCAGGAGCGUCUGCCCGCCUCCAAGCGCCAGCCGCUGCCCUCUCUGCCCACCCUGCUGCCCGAGGAGACCCCAGAGAAGAAGCUGCGCUACACGCGCGACACCCUGCGCCGCUACGACGCCCUGCUCAAGGCCAGGGAGGUGCAGCGAAGAGGAGGAGGAGGUGCAGACGAGGGGGAGGAGGGGGACCACCUGCUGGCAGAGCUUGGGAAGGAGGGACAAAAGAGAGGAGGAGGAGGAGGAGAGGAAGGAAAGUGGCAGAACCAGGCAGAUGGUGAAGAGGAGGUGGGGGGAGAGGAAGAGCAGGAGAUGGAGACAGAGCUGGAGGAGGAGAUGAGGAGAGUGGAGGAGAUUAAGAACCUGGAUCUGCAGGACAGCCUGCUGCAGGAGAUAGAGAGCGCGGUGUGGUGCUUCGACGCCGAGCUGUGUCUGCUUCGGCACGAGAAGCUGAGUCUGGACAUCCAGAUGAAGCUGGCCGACCUGCGCCACGUCACGCUCUUCCAGGAGCUGCUGCUGCUCAAGGAGUUUGAGAAGCGCGAGAACACGCUGCAGGGACGCCUCAACGCCCGCAUGAAGGAGGAGGACGAGCUCACAGAAAAGCUGGAGGAGUGUAAGAAGCAGCUGGAGCUGAAGCGUAGGGAGAUCGUUAAGCUGCAGGAGAGGGAGCGCACCAUCGCCGCCACCUUCCAGGCCUCCCUCGGAGAUAACAACAAGUUCGCCGAGUUCCUCACGCGCGUCUUCAAGAAGAAGAUCAAACGCGUCAAGAAGAAGGAGAAAACGGGAGAGGACGAGGAGGAUGAGGCCAGCAGUGAGGACUCGGAUGAGGAGGACUGGGAUGAUGAUGAGGAUGAUGAAGGCUCUGAGGCAGGGGCCCUGGAUGACAGCGUGUGUCCCCCGAACUGUGACCCGGAGCUCUUUGAGAACACAGUCCAGCUGCGUGAGCGGCGUCUGGACCUGGAGGAGCUGCUGGCUGAGGAGAAGAAGACGGCCGACAGCCUCAAGAAAGAGUGCGAUGCACUGGCCAAGAAAACAAAGAUUGUGCAGACCACACUACAUGCAGCAGAGGGCGACCUGGAGCUCUUCAACCGGGAGAAGCAGCAGAAACUCAAUGAGCUGGAUGUGGUUGUGCCGCUCCGACUGCACCAGAUUGAGUUUCUGGUGAACGGCACGAUACCCAGGCGUCUGGGUUCGGCUCUGGUGCUGAACACGUCGCCGCUGGUCCGCCUGCAGAACCGCAUCCGAGAGCUGCAGCAAGAGAAGAGCCAGCAGAGGGAGCUGUACCGCCACGCCCGACAGCGGCACGUCACCCUGCAGCAUGAACACAAGGACAUGCAGGCCAAGAUAAAGGAGCUAGAGAGCCGCUGUGAGCACCUGAUGCUGAGGAAGUUUGGGAAGCUGGUGGAUCUUGAGGGGCUGCAGACGCUGUCUGGUAACAGGGUCCUGGAGGAGAUGAGACAGGAGAGCCGCAUCAGGGAGCUGACCUACGCACAGGAGGUCAAGGCCUGGGAGGCUAACGUGUGUAAGGCUCGUGAGACCCUGACACAGGUGACCCGUCAGAACACAGAGAGACUGCGCUGCCUCAACAGCCUGCUGUGUGAACAGAAGGAACUGGAGGACAAACUCAACAGCAGACAGAAAAAGAUGGGUGCUCAGUUCCAGAGUGGGCGGCGGGCGGACGCUGAGUCCAAGCGUGGGCUCCAGGAGCUGGUGGAGUCGCAGGCCCAGGAGGGGGCCAUGCUCCGGCAGGAGAUCGCCAUGCUCUCCCGCAAGGGUGGACACAUCCUGCCCCCGCCGCAAACACCCCUGCAGCCCAGCCCGCCCACACACACACACACACACGCGCGCACACACCACACCACGCGCCAGAUACAUAUACGCACACAGCUCUCCGGCAAUCAGUAGAGGGUGGAAAUCACCAUACAGACACACACACACACACACACACACACACACACACACACACUCACACAAAAGAGACACACACAAAUGAACACACACUCAUUUGCGCAUGCAUCACACACACCACACCUCCCACCAGAUCUGCUUAUACACAUCGCUCCUCAGCAAGUAGUAAUGUUGUUCAGCUUCAGAUAAACAUUUAACCUUAUUCACACACAUG